AUGUCCAACAAUCGAUUGGACUCUCUAUCUAGGCCAUCUGGCAAUGUUGCCGGAGGAGGCUCUUCCAAACAAAGCUUGAAAUUCAAGCCUAAGGUGGUUGCGAGACGAACGAAGGAGGAGCGAGACUCGAAUGUUCCAGUGGCCACCCCAGGCGUGAGCAAAAAACCGGGAUCGCUAGCCAAAAACCUGCAGAGAAAUCCUCGAACUCCCGGGAUGCGGCAUCUUCAAAACACAAAAGUCGUGAUGGCAGGCCCUCUUGCCAUGGGAACCGUUUCGCUAGCCAAUUCGGGGCAGAGCAAGGGAACAAAAAUGGUGAAGAAAUCUGCUGAUACAUAUGAUCUGGCACAGAGUCUCAAAGCACAGACCGCCAAAAAGGCUAAAGGAAUCACGGAAUCGGAUGAUGAGGGCACCGAUGAUAUGACUACGCGAAUCGACCUAGGACAGGCGUACGAUUGGAAAGAUGUUGAUACGCAGUAUUUUCCUGUGAGAGCUGAAAGGCAGCAGCAUUACGAGUACGGUGAAGAGCCUAUUCCAGACAGUACAAUCAAAACCGAGAUUCAUCGUGAGGUUUCCGUGCCUGUUGACUCAGAGCCGACAUCUAGAGAACAGAGUGUGGAGAUCAAACAGGAGGAAGAUGCUACGCUCAAAUUCAUUCCUGACGAGCAAGCAAAUGUAGACGAUUCUAUUAUUGACUAUCAAGGCAAGCAAGAAGCCGCGCGAUUAGCGGAUGACUAUAGAGCAAUAAUCACCAAGUUGGAUGACAUACAACUUGAGGAAAAUGCAGAGGAGAUGCUAUUUUUGCAACUUCCGAAACAAUUGAACGUGGAGAGCGCUUCUCACGAUGUAAAAUUGGAAGAUGACGGUGACCUUUCUCAAAAAGUAGAUACGACAUCGGAUGUGGUCGGUACACUGCGCGUGCAUGAGUCAGGAAAAGUGACAAUUAAAAUGGGCGAUACGGUGCUGGACGUGACCAGAGGAGCUGCGACUCACCUUGUCCAGUGCAUAGUGCAACUGGACGAGGACGCGAAAGAAUGCGUGGAAUUGGGAACCGUGAACGAAAAGAUCAUUGCAAGCCUCAGCUUGUCUGACGAGAUAUAA